GUUUAGUUAAAAUUAAUACCACUAUUUAACAUGGUCUUUUUUUUUUUUUCUUCUUCUUUUCUUUUUUUAAUUAGCAUACAUAGUAGUACCCUAGUAAAGUACCUUGGAGAACUAUGGCAGACUACGACCAUCUGAUGCCAUCAUAACACUUUGCAUCACUUCACUCGCUAGCCGCAGGUGGGCUGAACGGAUGUGCGGGUUCGAUGACGUCACGGGAGAGCACAGGGGGAGUAAAUGGAGGUGGUAAUGGUUUCAUCACACACCGGUUCAAGUGCACUUCAUCUCUGCUUUUAAAAGACAUCGAAUUCUUUGCUAUAUGAGGCCUACCGAAUUGUAUGGCUUGAUCCAUCAACAAAUAAAAAAUGGCAUCAACAAUGGAAGCAGCAGAUAUCGUUGUCGUUGCCAUGUACUUCGUUCUUGUCCUGUGCUUUGGCUUUUUUGCAAUGUGGAGGGCAAAUCGAGGUACCGUGAGUGGAUACUUCCUGGCCGGACGUUCCAUGAACUGGAUAAUGAUCGGUGCAUCACUGUUCGUCAGUAACAUCGGCAGCGAGCACUUCAUCGGCCUCGCUGGCUCAGGUGCAGCAAGCGGUUACGCCGUUGCUGCUUGGGAAUUCAAUGCGAUUCUACUGCUGCAGCUCCUGGGCUGGGUCUUCAUUCCCGUUUACAUCCACUCAGGUGUGUACACCAUGCCGGAGUACCUCUCCAAAAGAUUUGGUGGUAAGCGGCUGAAGGUUUUCUUCGCUGCCCUAACCCUGCUCCUCUACAUUUUCACCAAGCUCUCCGUGGAUCUGUAUUCCGGAGCGCUCUUCAUCCAGGAAUCUCUGGGCUGGAACCUCUAUGUGUCCAUAAUCCUGCUUAUCACCAUGACUGCCCUUCUUACAGUCACUGGCGGCCUAGCGGCGGUCAUCUACACGGACACUCUGCAGGCUUUCCUCAUGAUAUCGGGAGCUUUGUGCCUGAUGGCUAUCAGUUUAGUUAAGGUAGGAGGUCUCGAGAGUUUGCGCACCAAGUACAUGAAUGCCGUUCCCAACAUCACUGCCAUUGUGCUAAAGAGUAACAUCACCUACUCAAAUUCCUGCCAUGUGGAUCCCAAACCAGAUUCGUUCAAGAUCUUGAGAGGUCCGUUGGACAAAGAACUGCCGUGGCCUGCUUUUCUUCUGGGCCAGACUCCAGCCUCGAUCUGGUAUUGGUGCGCAGAUCAGGUCAUAGUCCAGAGAGUCCUGGCAGCUCGUAAUAUUGCCCACGCCAAAGGGUCGACCUUGAUGGCCGGCGUCCUAAAAGUCUUACCGAUGUUUAUCAUUGUAAUUCCAGGGAUGAUCUCGCGUGUGCUCUUUGCUGAUGAGCUUGCCUGCAUUGGUCCAGAGCACUGCAUGCAAGUCUGCAACAGCAAAGCUGGUUGCACUAACAUUGCCUAUCCUCGCCUCGUCAUGAACGUUAUGCCCGUAGGAUUACGAGGUUUGAUGAUGGCUGUGAUGCUCGCCGCUCUCAUGAGCGAUCUAGACUCAAUCUUUAACAGCGCCAGUACUAUCUUUACCCUUGAUAUCUAUAAGAUGGUACGUCACCAAACGUCCUCCAAAGAGCUCAUGGUGGUAGGACGCUUGUUUGUGAUCUUCAUAGUGGCCAUUAGCAUAGCUUGGGUCCCAUUUGUCAUUGAGUUGCAAGGUGGUCAGAUGUUCCUCUACAUUCAGGAGGUGUCUGAUUACCUUACGCCACCCAUUGCGGCACUGUUCCUGCUUGGCGUUCUCUGGAAACGUUGCAAUGAGACCGGUGCAUUCUGGGGUGGCAUUGUGGGCUUCUUGCUAGGAGCCAUAAGACUGAUUCUCGCCUUUGUAUAUAGAGAGCCUGACUGUGACACAACCGAUGAUCGUCCUGCCUUCAUCAAGGAUAUUCAUUUCAUGUAUGUGGCAGCUAUAUUGUUUUGGGUUUCAGGGCUCGUGACAGUCGUCGUCAGUCUUUGCACGGAUCCACCAAGCAAGGAACAAAUUGCUACAACUACUUUUUGGGGACUGCACAACAGGAAUCAACCCGCAGAUGCACACACAAAAGAGAUAGGACUUCAUCAGCUUUCAGCAGAAACAAAAAAAGAGAAGACAUUGGAUGAAGUGGAAAUGAAACCAUCAUCUCAGGUUGUUCAAACAGGCCCUGAAAUACUUUCAAAUGGCCACAUGGAGUCUCAACAUACCCACAAAUAUGCAGGGAGAGAUAAGAGACAAUGUGUGAAAUGUUUGGAGUGGUUCUGUGGCUAUAGUAAAAAUUCAGAGGAAACAGAUUCCCCUUUUGGAGAUGAGGCCAGGAGUGUUACUGAGAUGCUCAAAGAACCUCCAAAAACCAAAAUUGUCCUCAAUCUCGGCCUCUUGUUAGUGUGUACACUUGGAAUUUUCUUGUUUGUAUACUUCUCUUUGUAAUGCUCAUGAUUCUAUCUAAUGUACAACACAAAAUGUAAUGUGAUAAUGCCAUUGCCAAUUAUUACUGAUACUCUUUAGUGCUGGUUACCAGUGCACUGCCAGUAAUGUACAUUUGUUCAAAGACUCAUAUUUAAACGUGUCAGACAUUCACAUUAUGUGUAAUUAGUACACUGACUGACAGAGCGAUCAAAAGAAUUGAUGUCAUUGGAUGUGACAUUUGACAGGCAGAUUUUACCAUCGAAGCUGUUUUUUUGUAAAGUCACGUCACCUACAUAUUUAGUGCUGAUCAUAAUACCAAAGCUGCUUGAAUUAACCAUAUGGUUUUUUCUUAACCUCAAGGAAUAUUCAAGGUUCAGUACAAGUUUAGCUCAAUCAACAGCAUUUGUGGCAUAAAGUUGAUUACUACAAAAUUAAUUUCCACUUUUUAUUUUUUCUCACUGUUAAGUCCCUCCUUAAAAUAUCUUGGGUACAUUGGGGUAUUAAACAGUACAGCACAAUGGAAGUGAAAGGGGCCAAUCAAUAAAUGUUGAAAUACUCAAUAAUUCAAUUGUAUAGCCGCAAUGCGACAUGCCACAUGCUUGUUAACACACAUUUGUUACAGUACUUUAGAAAUGUUUACUUAAACAGCUUUAAGGCUCAGAAAAAAUACAGAAUAAUGCAUUUUCUUGCCUUUUCCUGACAAAAAUAAAGAAAAGUAAUUAUUUUUUAUGGUAAACAACAUUCUCACAAAUGCUGUUGAUUGACCUUAACACAAAAAUUGGCAUAUUUUUUUUUAUUUUUUUUAUUUGUUUUUUUUUUUUAUAAUUGUAACCUUACUAGCAGAGUAAGGCAGGUGAAAGCAGUCUGUGAACUUGACAAAGAGUGUUCGUCAGUCUCACCACUGAAACAUCACUGCCCACCACUGACCCCAUUAAAAACCCAUAGGAUUUUU